CGGCGUCCGGAGCGGGAGCGCCACACCCCCUUCGCCGCAGCCGCGCAGCCGAUGGCAGCGUCCUCUCCCGCCGGCGCCGUGGGCUCGGAGCUGCCGCCGGAGCCAGGCGGCAGUGGGGGCCCUGGUGAGGGGGCGGACGAAGAGCGGGAGCUGCUGCUGGCGCGGCUGGUGCCCGCAAGCCGACUGAAGGAAGCGGUGGGCGCGUCCCUGGCGUCGCUGUGCCUCGGCCCCCUCGGCGGAGCCCAGCGCCUCGGGACCCUCGUGGACUGCCUGGUGCUGAACUACCGCCUGCGGCAGGGGCCGGGCCGGGCCCGGGAGCGCGGGGCCGAGGGGCCGCUGCGCUGCUGCGGCUGCAGGAGGUUCCUGGGCGAGCCGGUGACCGUCCCGUGCGGGCACACCUACUGCCGCCGCUGCCUCCGCAGGGAGCUGCGGGCCCGCUGCCGCCGCUGCCGGGACUGGCUGCUGCCGGCGGGGGGCACCAGCACGGCCGCGGCCCCGCUGCGCACCAGCGUCGUCCUCAACCGGCUGGCGGAGAAGUGGUUCCCGGGCGAGUGCGAGAGGGCGAGGGCCGGGACCCGGCUGGAGGAGCUCCUGGCCCAGGGCCGCUUCCGAGAGGCGCUGGGCGCCGUCAACCAGGCUGUGCGAGCAGAUUCCAGUGACUUGAUGCUAAGAAUUUACAGAGCUGAGUCAUAUGUUGGCCUCCAAGAAUAUAAAACAGCCAUAGAAGAUCUAAAUUUUGUUAUUUCUAAAAUGCCAAAUUGGCCAGAGGUCUACUUCCGGAAAGGAAAAGUGCUGCAAGACUCUGGCUUUGUAGGUGAUGCCUUACAACUGUUUCUACAGUGCUUAGCCCUUGAUGAGGACUUUCUUCCAGCCAAGCUAGAAGUAGAAAAGAUACUGUGUGAUGUUUUGUCACCAGAGAAGCUAGGUGAAAGUCUGAAGGAAUCUGCUUGGAAUUCACCACAUAUUAGAAAUAAACCUCUUAUGCUUGGUUCUGAGGUGACUGCAUCUUACGGCAAUUUACAGCUUUGUCCUCAGCAGAGUUUAGGAGGAUCAGAUGUACUGGAGCCUGUGAGUGGAGGCUUAAAUCGUGCACGGUCUGCCCAUGCUCUUAACUCAACAAAAGACCUUGCCAAGGAAGAUGGCUUAAAGAGAGUGUCUUCUGAACCCCUUCUCUCUGGCCAAGGAAAAGGUGCUUUGUUAAAAAGAAAGCUUUCCUUUUCAGAACAGGAUACAGUUGUAUGUGAAGAUGGAAGAAACAAACAUAAAAAGCAAGGAGAAAGUACAAAAAGGGACAUGACACUGGCUUUUGGAACAAUUCCAGGGGAUUUGAUUGAUGCAUCAGAUUUUGAGUGCUCUCUAUGUAUGAGGCUAUUCUUUGAGCCAGUAACAACCCCUUGUGGACAUACUUUUUGCAAAGGUUGUUUGGAACGGUGUUUAGAUCAUGCUCCACAGUGUCCACUCUGUAAGGAGAGCUUGAAAGAGUACCUUGCAAGCAGAAAAUACAGUAUCACAGAACUGCUGGAGGAAUUAAUAAUGAAAUAUUUGUCUGAUGAAUUAUUUGAGAGAAAAAGAAUUCAUGCUGAAGAAACUGCUGAACACUCCAACUUGACCAAGAAUGUUCCAAUGUUUGUUUGCACUAUGGCAUAUCCUACUGUGCCUUGUCCUCUACAUGUAUUUGAGCCAAGAUACCGACUCAUGAUUCGCAGGAGUAUGGAAACUGGAACUAAACAGUUUGGGAUGUGCAUAAGUGAUUCUCAAAAUGGUUUUGCAGAUUAUGGUUGCAUGCUGCAAAUUAGGAACGUUCAUUUUCUACCUGAUGGACGGUCUGUUGUUGAUACAAUUGGUGGAAAGAGAUUUAGAGUUUUACGGAGAGGGAUGAAAGAUGGUUAUUGCACUGCAGACAUUGAAUAUUUGGAAGAUGUUAAGGUUGCUGAUGAAGAAGAGCUAAAGAAAUUGAGAGAGCUUCACAAUUUUGUUUACAGUCAGGCCUGCAGUUGGUUCCAAAACUUAAGAAACAAAUUUCGCACUCAAAUUCUUCAGCACUUCGGACCAAUGCCUGACAGGGAGGAAAAUAUACAGGCAAUGCCCAAUGGUCCUGCUUGGUGUUGGUGGCUUCUAGCUGUUCUCCCAGUAGACCCCAGAUACCAGCUGUCAGUUCUCUCCAUGAUGUCUUUAAAAGACCGUCUGAUAAAAAUCCAACAUAUACUCACAUAUUUUUCUAGAGACCAGUCCAAGUGACUAACCGCCUGGGUCUUCCUGAAAAGUUAUUCUGUUCUGGUUGUAGUAGCAGCUGGAAUUUUUGCUGCCUUUGCACAUCUAGCACUGGUUUGAGAAGUGUAAUGGAACUGUUUUUUCUCUCCACCCUCCUGGCUUCCUGAACCACAUGGUUCAUUGAAUGCACACUUUCUUCAACUACGAGAGAAGACCACUGACAAUUGCACAAAGUCAAUCCAGCUAGAUAUGUUUUUCACGUUAUCUACAUUAAAAUUUGCACUACGUAGAAAAGAACCUUUUUGAGACUUGAUCAUUUUAGCAAUUGACUUUCCUAAGCUGUGGAAGUGCAGGACCUUAAGGCUGACAGUCCAAGUUUACAACAUUGAGGAGGUAAUAAAGGUUUUACAUAUAUUUGCCUCAUACAACUGUUCUUUUGCUGUUUGCACAAAUAUUUGAAAUAUAGUAUUGAAUGUCACAGUUGGAUGUUACUACUCUUGUUUAACUAUCUUGACCAUGAAUAUGGCACAGAUUUUUUUAAGUUAUCUUGUAAAUGUAUGCAUCACAAAACAGGUGACAUGAACUGUAUGCUGAACUGAGAGCCAACUUUAAGGAACAAAUGCAGAAAAAAAAAGGUACUUCUGUCUAAAACUACUUAAACUGUGAAUAUGGUUUACAUACCAAGGCCUGUACAUGUUAGGGGAAACUGAAAUCUAAAUGCUAGUACCAGUUACAUUUCUACUGGGCUUUUCAGGCUGUUCUUCCAGAGCACACACUUAGUUUGUAGAGCUUAGAAGAAGAAAUCUUACAGUGUGCGUGUGCGUGUCUGUUGGGGAUUGUGCAUCCAGGAUUCAAAAGCUUAAAGUUUUAUUUGACCCUUUUAAGUUGGUGCAAAUGUGAGUUCUAUGCCUUAUUCAUAUCAAUAGUAGAGCACACUGCAGUGGCAGGGUUAGCAUCAUGCUGCCAAUAGGUACUUUUUGUAAUUAAAGGUUUGCAUAUUUGUGAAUAUGUCUGAUACUGGCUUUCUUGUAUGUAAAUCAUUUGUAAAAUAUUUCUUAAAUCUUGCUUUUGCUAAUAUAUUUAAUUUUCAAUAAAAGCUUAAAGUUUGUAAUAUUUUUAACUUCGUCAGAAACUAAAAAUCACUUUCCUUUUCUGUGUGCUUCUAUUUUGGGAUCUUAAGUAAACCAGAAGCUGCUGUUUAACCUACAUUAAGGUUGUGAGCACUUCAUGAUGUAACUGUUAUGUACAUAAUCUGUUUCUGAUUGUAGUACCUGUCCCAGACUGACUGUUGGUCACACAAGUUUUUUCCUGGUGUCCUGCUUUUCUUUCUACUAAGUUUAAAUCAGAUAUGAGGUUUGCAUUUUGCAAAACUUAGAAGUUGUAGGAAACUGUGCUUGCAGAGCAGUGAGGUAUUUCACUGACUUGCUAGUCAGAUGCUCUGGCCUCGUUCUCUUCUGGAGUUCAAGGCUGGAGAUAUUACAGGCAGCCUGAAAUCUGCUGGAUCGUCUUGUGAUGUCAGUUUCUAUCUAGGGUAAAUUUCCCCUUUAGGGGAUGAAUAAAGUCCUGGAUGAAUAUUUGGAAAGCUUUAUUUGCAUAAUAAAAGAAGAAAGGGAAUCCUCUAUUUUUCUGCUUCCAUAUGCUAUAACCUUAGAAAUGUAAUCUUUGUAUCACCAUGAUCUUCUUAAGAAUGGAGGUGGCAGGAUAUUUUUAAUUUGGCAGUUAAAAGUCCCUAUAGCCAGGCUUGAAAUACCCAAAUAAACUAGCGGUAAUUUUUUUUUUUCUUCUUGCCAAUAGCUUGAGUUUGAAAUUGAGUAUUGCCUACUGUGCUGAAAGAUGUGGCUUUUAAGUGUCUUUAUAUGCUCCCAUGACUUUUUAAUACAGUAAAAAUGCAAGUAUCAAUUGGGUUGCGCUGUCCUGUCCUUAAAGGAGUUUUACUUCUGGAAUGUAUAAACUAUAUAAGGCAAAACUUCAUUGAAAAAAAACAACAACAAUAUGAAAAGCAAAGUUACUGUGUUUAACAAAUGCUGCAUUAAGGUUGAUUAUAAGUACUACUCUUCAGUAACCAUUCCACAGAUGUGAUUAUUCUAGGUGCUCUUGGGAAUGAUAGAAAAUGGAGAAUGGGGAUGAAAGAUUUUUAAGAGGUUUCUCAUAUUGGAAUUUUUUUAGUGAAUAUUUUGUGUACCAGAUUUUGUUGCUUUGUGCAGUUACAGUGGGGCAGAACAACAAACUCAACUGAAUGUUUGCAAAACCCUUUCAGUAAAUAGGUUGGAGAGAGUACCAUGCUGUACUUUGUACAUUGUAUUUUGAAUUUGGGGAGUUCUUUCUUAUUCUUACAGUUAUUUUUUAAAUUUUCUUCCCCUCCCCUUCCCCAUCACACAGCACGGUUUCUUUAGCUAUCGAACAAUUGGCCAAGGACAAAGUUUGAUCACCUUACAUUAUUACAGUAAGGUUCAAAAUCAAUGUAAUUAAGCCUGAAUGAAAUGCAAGGGAUCUAGAUGAGCAAAAGGGAAAAGAGGACUUCCUUUUUAGGCACUCAAUUCCUUUGUAGGCAAGGUACAACACCAUUAAUGAUUAGUCUUGCCUGAUGAUGAGCAACAGUCAACAGAAUAGUCAACGUUUCAUUUUCUGUCAGAUUUAAGGGAGUCUCCUUUGCUGGGCAGCACUCCUGGACCAGCCAACAAGAGCUACUCUCAAGUGUUGUUGGGGCACCUUAUGUAUGAUAUUGUGCCUUCUUUGUUCAGUCAUAAGAUUGACAAGUUGAUGUAGAAAUGUUCUUUAUGUAAGCAUGAGAACAAAACUAGAUGUGUCUCAAAGGAUUAGUGAUCCUUAAAUAGCUAUACAGUGAAUCAGAUGUGCGUGUAUGUUAAUAUGAGAGAGCUCAUAAACUUCCAGCAUGGUGGGAUAGAGUCACCAUACUCAGAAAUAUCUGCCUGGAAGUGAUGUGUAUUUUUCAAACCUUUCUGGCAAGGACCUCUUCCCAGUUUUGUUAAAUUAUGGCCAGAGAUCUCACUGAAAUUCUUAAUUUAUGAUUAAUAUUCACCUCUAGCCUUUUACUCCUACCAAACAUCAUUUCUUGUAAUAGCUUGCUGCACUGGAUGAGCACUGACGAAUGUUAGGUUUAGAAACUUCAGCUUUCUCGGUAUGAAAUGGCAACUUCAUGUUUCUCCAUCUAACUUGAUUUUUCUUUUGGCAAUUGGCAAAUAUUUGUCACAUUCAUUCUAGUAAAUCAUUUCUGUGUGGGCCUUUACUGGCCCUAAGUUUCUUUAAGGAAAAUGUGCAAAGAUGACUGUAAGAUAUGUUGAUGGGAGAGAAACUUGAAGUGAUGUUAGAACAUUCAUAGAAGGAUGUUUGUUCUGAACCCCAUGAAAGAUGAGGCCAGAUUCAAACACUGCUAAAUGCUUACAAAACUUGUGUCAUCUUUUUGGUUUUUUAAGCGAUCUAACCCAUUCCUUUGAGCUCUGCAUCAGUAUCUGUGGGGUGGGCUAAAUACCUGCUAGAUACUCAAAUUGUGCUUUAGGCUCACUUGCAUAAAUGACAAAUGAGACAGGGUAGAGUUACCUGGCACAGCUGAGUCCUGGAAAACAGCAUGGGGGAGCCCCACAGUACCAGGCUCUGCUCACUUGACAUUGAGGCAAGGACAGUUCCCAGAAUGGUUGUCUUUUGAGUACUCUGAGGAGGAGUAGACAAACCAUAUCUGCCUGGCCUGCACCUCACCAAGGCUGAGAUGUUUAUUCAAUACUGACUUUGACUGUAAAAACCUGGAUAUCUGCAACUGGAUUCAUAAUGGGAAGAAGGUUUUCCAGAAACUACUUCUGUUUAAGGAAGAUAGUAUCCAUGGUAUCAUGCUGAAAUCUGUCUAUUAUCCUUUCAUUUAUGUGCUUUUCUACAAUUAAAAAAGCCAAAAAACCUAAA